CGAAAACACUCAACACUCAACCCUAUGGGCAACACAUGUCUCACUCCACUCCCACAGCACUCUCACAACUGUCACGUGUUUUGUCCACAAAUAAGUGUCACAUUUAUUUGCAUUCAAUUUACUGUCAUUUAAUUGCCACUAAACUAAUUGUCUUUAACAAUCAGGUUGAACACUGUUUUCCACACAAAUAUAUGCUUUUCAAUGACUAAUAAUUGUAGUGAAAGUGGAGUCGAGAGGAGUAUCUGAUUGUGUGAAGUGUUAGUGAAUUAGCGCUCAUUUCAAUUGCUUCGCCAAACACUAUUUGACGGAUUGAUUGCUUGUUGUAAUGAAUGCAUAGUUUUCUAAUCAUUUGCUUCAAUCAGUCAUACAUUAAAUGUCAUUAGAUAUGAACGACUCGUUUAAAGUGGUCUCCGAUUAUAUAUCAAUUCCGGAGAAUAUAUAUUACGUGAAGAACUUCAUUGAUGCCAAUGAGGAGCGGUGUCUGAUCGACAAUGUGCUGAGCAGUCCGAAGCCCAAGUGGACGGUGCUGUCCAACCGGCGCCUCCAGAACUGGGGUGGACUGCCUCACCCCAAGGGAAUGGUUAGGCAACAGUUGCCACAAUGGUUGGAGAAGUAUGCCUUGAAAUUGUCACAAAUGAAUGCCUUCGGCGGUAAUACAGCCAAUCACGUGCUUAUCAAUGAGUACGCGAGUGGACAGGGAAUUAUGCCGCACGAAGACGGGCCCCUCUUCUACCCAACGGUGGCCACAAUUAAUACCGGUUCCCACACUCUCCUCGACUUCUACACCAAGAACUCCCAAACCGUUGAAGGAGACGCCGAUCCGAACCCUCAAAGAAUUCCAGUGUUUUCUAUACUUUUAGAGCCACGAAGUCUUGUGAUAUCGCAAAGGGAUGCCUACGAGUCAUACCUUCACGGCAUACGCGAAGUGAAAAGUGAUGUGAUAACCGACCGAAUCGCUAACCUAUACCUCUGUGACAGUCAUGUGAUCGGCGAAGAGCUCGAGAGAAGCACUCGAUUCUCUUUCACCAUAAGAUUUGUGCCAAAAGUUGUUAAGAAUUUAUUAUUUUUGAAAUAA